AUGGAUAAAAUUGAAAGUUUAAACAAACCUCUAUCUAAAACACUUUUUUCAAGGAUAUUCAAGGCAAUACCUAAUUUAUUUUCGCGUAAAUUUUACGAAGAAGAUGAAGAAAAAUUUAAAUAUCUAGUUGAUAGGACAGCCGAAAUUUGUAAAGAAGAGGAGAAUGAAAUUAAAAUAUCAACCACAAAUAUGCUUUUUUCAGAAUUAAUCAAGAGAAUAAGUAUUCUGUUUAAGGAUUUUAAAAUUAAAGGUCAAAUUGAAAUAAAUGGUCAAAUAUAUGAAGUGGGGAAAUAUAGACAAGACAUGAGAUUAUCUGAAUUCAAUGCUCAAACUUUCCAGUUUAUUUAUUCAAAGAUGCAUGAUAAAUCUGACGCAUCUGAUUGGUAUUUUACAGGAGAGAUUAUUUUCCGCCAAAAUAAUUUUAGAAUAGUAAAAAGAUCUAAAACUGGCAGAGGUGGUAAUUUACUUAAAAAGAUAAAUGAAUACAAAGGCGAAAAUUGUUUCAUACCAAGCGAUGGUUAUUGUUUUAUAAAGUGUGUAAAUCACUUCAUGAAUAAAGACUUAACAAAAGAAUUUCAAGAUUUCGUCAAUAGUUUUCAAAAUUCAAACAGAAAAGGAGUUAUGACAUCUGCUAGAAUCUCUGAAUUCAAUAAGAAAUUUAAUACUUAUUUUCAAAUUUAUAUGUCCAAACAUAGACAUUUUCAACCAAAGAAAGUAUCCGAAGAAUUAGAUUGGGUAUUUUAUUUACACAAAGAACAUUUCUGUUUGAUAAGAAGAAAUAACAAAACCUUAAUCAUUAAAGAAAUAGAAAAUAAUUACGAUGAAAAUGUAUGGAGAACCUGUGGGGAUGAUGAUGCACUAACAUGUUUUGCUCAGUUAAAACUAAACGUGAUUUCACCUCAUGAUGAUACUUUAUACGCGUGGGAUUGCGAAACCCAUAGCGAAAAUAAAGCCAUUCCUUAUUGUUGUACUUUAUUCAAAUUGGAAAAACUAAGGAAAAAACUAGAACUAAUUAAAAGACUAUUCCCAGAUUUAAAGCCAACUAAUCCCAUUCUAGAAGAAUUUUACAACAAACUCAUGACUCAUAUAGUAGAAAUAUUUGUAGGAACAGAUUGUUUCGAUCAGAUGAUACGUCGUUUAAGUACAGUAGAUGAAAAAAGAUUAACCUUAAUUUCCCAUAACGGGAGUGGUUUUGACAACUGGAUUGCACUUCAAAGCAUUAAUAAACUAACACAAUGUCCACUAGUAACAGAUAAUAAAAUUCUAUCUCUUCCUUUAUCUAAUCCAUAUACAGAAGAAAGAUUGCAGAAAAAAUGGAAAAGAGAGAGAAAAGAGAAAGGAGAGAUAAAAAUAUCUGAUAAAAAUAAAUAUUUACAAAAUAUAUGUCUCACUUGUUCCUAUCAACAUGAAAAAUCUAGUUUGGCGGCAUGGGGAAAUUCGUCUAAUCUACCGAUGAAUUCGAGAAAGAUUGCCGAUAUCAAUAUUGCAAAAUACACCAAAGAUAAUUGGGAAUCUUUAAGACACGAAUGGAAACCUUACGCUGAAAGAGAUACGUUAUGUCUCGGAGCUUGUUUGAUAAAAUACAAUCAAGCAAUGAAAGAAACUGUCUUCCAAAACUGUCUUCCUUUAUCUUUAAAGGGUUGGUAUUAUUUAUAUAAUUACGAUAAAGAAAUGGAUGAAGAAGAAUGGUACGAAAGUACUAGAAUGGUUCCGAAACACACCGAAAAAGAAAACGUAGAAAAGGUUUACUCACAUACUCAUCCUUUUAUAAGAUUUUUUAUCAGACAAAGUAUUAAAGGAGGAAGAGUUUCUGCUAACAGAAAAUUAUUUGAAACGAACAAAAUGGAUGAAAUUUGUGCUAUUUGUGAAAAGUGA